CACUAAAAUGCAUGUGUUUCCAGCCAGGCCAGACCCUGGAGAAGGAUAUGGAUAGUCCGGCGCUGCCCACCCCCAAUAUCAAGUUCGGUUGGAUCAAAGGCGUGCUGAUGCGCUGUCUUCUCAACAUAUGGGGCGUUAUGCUCUUCCUCCGACUCUCCUGGGUCGUCGGUCAGGCGGGAAUCAUACAAGCGAUGCUCCUGAUUCUGACGACAUCUGUGGUGACCACUAUAACUGCGCUCUCAAUGUCCGCUAUCAGCACCAAUGGAGUUAUUAAAGGAGGUGGUACAUAUUACAUGAUCUCGCGGUCUCUGGGGCCGGAGUUCGGAGGCUCUAUUGGUCUGAUCUUCGCGAUG